AUGUUGCUCCGUGGAGCAUUCGCAGCCUUGGGCCUCAUGGCCAGCACCAGCAGGGCCCUUGAGAUCACUGUCACCGACGAUUCCUCUAUUAAAGCCGCCGCCGACACCGUUGCAUACGGCCUGGUAAAGUUCUAUACUGGUAACAACACCGGUGACGUUCCGGGCAAUUUGCCCGACCCAUACUACUGGUGGCAGUGUGGCGCCAUGUUUGGCACUCUGGUCGAUUAUUGGCAUUACACCGGAGACGAUCAGUAUAACGCUAUCACACAACAAGCCAUGGUUCACCAGGCCGGUGACGACGAGGACUACAUGCCAAAGAAUCAGACUAUGACGUUGGGUAACGAUGACCAAGGUUUCUGGGCCUUGGCUGCCAUGAGUGCUGCGGAACACAAAUUCCCAGACCCCCCUUCAGACCAGCCUCAGUGGGUUGCAAUCGUGCAGGCCGUCUUCAACGAGUUUGUGACUCGCUGGGACACGGCGCACUGUGACGGUGGUCUCCGAUGGCAGAUUUUCAACUUCAAUGCUGGUUGGAACUACAAGAACUCGAUUUCCAAUGGCUGCUUCUUUAACCUCGCUGCUCGCCUGGCUCGCUACACCGGAAACGAUAGUUAUGCCACGUGGGCCGAGAAGGUUUGGGAUUGGGAAACCUCAAUCGGACUGAUCAAUCUUACCAACUACGCAGUUUAUGACGGUGUGACAAUCAAGGAUGGCGCGAAAUGCCAGGAUGACAUGGAUAGAACCGAAUGGACAUACAACUCCGGCAUCUUCCUUCAUGGAUCAGCUGUCAUGUACGACGUUACCAAGGAUGCAAAGUGGAAGACCCAUGUGGAUGGCUUCAUCAAGCACGGGCUUGAAAAGUUCACCGAGAAUGGCGACAACAUUGCUUUCGAGCAGCUCUGCGAGCCUCAUGGGACUUGCGACGACGAUCAGCGUUCGUUCAAGGGAUACUGGCUGCGCUGGAUUUCGGCCACCAUUACGCUGAUUCCAGACGUCAAGGAUAGUGUCUGGUCUCUCAUGACGACUAGCGCUCAGGCCGCCGCCUCGGUCUGCAUCGGAUCUCCUACAGCGGCCAUUUCUGGCCACCCGCCUUUCAAGGGAAUGGCCGGUACUGCCUGCGGCUUCAAGUGGAACCCAACAAAGACCUUUGACGGUUCCUUUGGUGUCGGUGAGCAGAUGAGUGCGCUGUCUGCGCUUAUCUACACUCUUGUAGAUGACGCAGCAGCCCCGGUGACCAACUCGACAGGUGGAACAUCUACCGGAAACCCUGGAGCCGGUAGUAAAUCGGAUUCAGAAAAGAUCCGUGUCUUUGACCCAAUCACCACUGCCGACCGCGCCGGAGCUGGUAUUCUAACCACUCUCAUUAUCGGCGGUGUCAUUGGCGGUUGCGCUUUCGUCAGUAUGUAG